AUGCUCCUGGUACCUCCGUCGUUGGGCGAUUAUCCACCCGCUGUCUACCCGCGCGUGUGUAGGGAGUCGUCCUACUGGUACUCUGCACCGGUGGCCGAGAUGCAACGGGUUGUAGCAGUGGUGGCAAGGAGCCGUGGAUACUCUUUGGAAGUAAUGCACAAUGACAUUGUGCCGUCCAAGUAG